AUGAAUGCAAAUGAGUCAGGGCUGCCCAGUCCCUCCACUGCUGCUGGCUGGGACCCUUUCCACCAGCCCCUGGCGUCUGUCCAGCCCUGGCACUUCAGGCUGCUGGCUGCCGUGAUGCUGGUGGUGACGGCCCUGUCACUGGCUGAGAACCUGGCCGUCAUCCUGGUGACCUCCAGGUUCAAGCAGCUGAGACAGCCCAUCAACUACAUGAUCGUCAACUUGUCCGUGGCUGACUUCCUGGUCUCCUUGUCUGGUGGCACUAUCAGCUUCUUGGCCAACCUGAGAGGGUAUUUUUACAUGGGACACUGGGCUUGUGUGCUGGAAGGAUUCGCUGUCACCUUCUUUGGCAUUGUUGCCCUGUGGUCGCUGGCGCUCCUGGCCAUGGAGCGGUACUUCGUGGUCUGCCGCCCACCGGGCAGCGCACGCCUUGGUGGGAAGCACGCGGUCCUCGGCAUCGCCUUCGUGUGGGGCUUCUCUUUCAUCUGGACCAUCCCACCCACCAUGGGCUGGAGCAGCUACACGGUCAGCAGGAUCGGGACCACUUGUGAACCCAACUGGUACUCUCGAGCUUACACUGAUCACACCUACAUCAUUACUUUCCUCACCACCUGUUUCAUAGUGCCUUUAUUGGUGAUUUUGAUAUCCUAUGGAAAAUUGAUGAGGAAAUUAAGAAAGGUGUCAGAUACCCAAGGCCAUCUGGGAGCUACCCGGAAACCUGAAACACAAGUGACCAGGAUGGUGGUGGUGAUGAUCCUCGCGUUCCUUGUGUGCUGGAUGCCCUAUGCCACCUUGUCUAUCCUGGUCACCGUGUGCCCCUCCGUGCAACUGGAUCCGUGGCUGGCAGCAAUUCCAUCUUUCUUUUCCAAAACAGCUACCGUUUAUAACCCCAUUAUUUAUGUCUUUAUGAACAAACAGUUCCGGAGGUGCCUCAUUCAGAUGUUCAACUGCAGCAGCACAGAGAUGGCUGAGUCCCAGAUGGACCCCACCUUGGACAGGGUGAUGCUCACGCAGGACAAAAGAGGGAGCGAGAUGUCCACCAUGGCAGCACAUGCCACCGUUUCGAGCAGGAAAGUUGGAGAUGAACGCAGAAAUUGCUACUCUUCUGCUCAGCUUGCAGCUUCAGAGAACAAAAUCUGUCCCAUGUAG